AUGAAGACCUGGAGAGCAUCUGCUGCUGCUGCUGCUGCUGUUGCUGCUGCUGCUAUCUUGUGCUGCUCCUGUGUCUCCUCCCUGUCCCUCCGAGGCCCUCUCAACGAUGGGCUUGGGCUGGGGAGGCGGGCACUUGCUGCUGCUGCGGUGCUACCGCAGCCGCAACAGCUGCAGCAGCAGCAGCAACAACAACUGCAGCAGCAGCUCAGCAUAAAGAGACUCACUAGAUCCCUUUCUCCUGGGGUUGUGGGGUCUGCCUUCGUCUCCCCGGGGCCUCGUGCCCCUGGGAGACGAUCCCAGCAGCAGGAACUCCGCUCCCCACAGCAAAUGCUGCAGGUCUCCUCUCACUGGAGCAGCAGCAGCAGCAUUAGUGACAGGAGGCAACGGGGCCUCUCCUUAUCUCUAGAUGCGGCUGGGGGCCCCCCUGGGGGCCCCCAGGGGCCCCCACCCGCCGGAGCAGCAGAAGAAGCAGCAGACUUCGAGAUGUGGGGGCCCCACUCCCCUGUAUGUACAAGGGAAGGUGCGUAUACAGCUCAAGUUCCUUUACAAGAGACAGGGUCUUUAGGGGCCCCUGGAGCCAUUGAUGUACAUUUUGGGGCCCCUGGAGAGGCCAGGCCUAUGGGGGGCCCCUCAACCUCUGGGGGCCCCUCACCCACUGGGGGCCCCUCACCCACUGGAGGAGGGGUCCCCAGUAAGGGGGCCCCCACCUCUUGUGGGGGGCCCCCAUUGGUGGGGGCCCCUGAGAAGUGUAGGGAUUGGCAGCACCUGCAGCUGCCUCUCGAGACAUUUUUGUUUCUAAGUAUUGAUGCGGAGACAGAUGCAGCAAGAUACCUAAAGGAGGGGGCCCCCUAUUUGCUGCGGGGGGCCCACAUUAAGGAGGGGGGCCCCCUAGAGAGGGAGAGCCUCGGGGUAAAUACGCUGGAGCUAAGAAUGACGCAUGCGUUGUUUGCUGAAGCUGCUGCUGCUGCAGUGCAGCGGAGAGCAGCAGCACAAGCAGCAGCCACCAAAGGGACAGCGGGAUUUGACAUAAUGAAGAGACACAUCAAUACUUUCUUUGAAGCCCUAUACCCCCGAGUUGCAGCACCCAAACCCACCCCCCAGCAGCAGCAGCAGCAGCAGCAGCAACAGCAGCAGCACCAGCAGCAGCUGCAGCUGCAGCUGGCAGCAGAGGUGUGGGAGGAGUUUCGGGGGGCCCUCUUCUCUGCUGAGGAGGUCCCUAGCUUUAAUCAGCUGCCAGUUGUUAUAACUAAAGGGGAGGCCCCCCUCUGGGAGGUGCGCAGGGCCUUUGCUGCACAGGGGCCCCCUGGGGGGCCCCCUUGCUCGCGCAAGCUGCUGCUGCGGCUCCCGGAGUUGGCUCUCCAUGAAGCGCUGCUGCUGCCCCUGCAGAGCCCCACUGAGGAGACAGCAGCAGCAGCAGCAGCAGCAACAGCAGCAGGGAGGCGUGCCUUAAGGUGGGCUGUCCUAAGUGCUAUGGUUCGUUACAGGGAGAUGCUAGACCCUGAGGCUAGGGGCCUCGUCUCUGAUCAGGGGGCCCCCCAGCAGGGGCCCCCUGGGGGCCCCGAAGAGGGUUUUCUUACUGUUGGGCUUUCUGCCUCAGGGCGGCAACGCCGUCUGCAGCUGCUACGCACUAUCUCUGAGGUGUAUGGGUGUGGGGCCCCUGGGGGGGGCCCCCGGGGGGCCCCCCGCAGGGGACCCCGUGGGGGCCUUGUACCGCGAAAAGCAAACCCUCUGUGGCUGCUGCCCCUGGGGGCCUCCAUACGUGCAUGGGUAGAGACAGAUUCACAAAGGCUUGAGGACCCUGAUGAAAGCAUGCGGCUGUCUCUGUCUCUAGAGCAGAGACGGCUUCUAAUGAGCUGGGACCCAAGCUCUCUCUUUCAUGCUCUCCAGCGUAGCGGAGCUGCAGGAGACAGCAGGGAGGCGCUGCUGCUAUUAGAAGGCUUUUUGCUGUCUCUUGAUGUACACCCCCCUGAUCUAGAGCAGCUAGAGGAGGAGCUGCAUAGGGGGGGGCCCUUGGGGGGCCCCGCUGGUAUGGGGGCCCCCUUUAACAGGGGUCUUGGGGGCCCUUUUGGGGGCCCCCACGAAGCAGACACCACAUCUGCUGCAGCGCUGCUAGCUGUCUCCUCUUUUACUGAGGCCCUCGUGCUGCAGGGGGUUGAUGCUGCUGCUAGAGUUGCUGCUCCUUUAAUGGCGCAGCUAAACGAGCAAGCUAGGAGUCUAGCGAGCGAUCUGGGGCUGCUGGAAGGAGACACUCAAGGAGACAGCAGCAGCAGCAGCAGCAGUAGGGGGAUAAGGAGGAGAGCCUCAAGGGCAGAGCUGCUGCAGCAACGGAGCGACUUCUUAAUGCUCCUUAAUACCCUAGAGAGGAGGCUCCUAGUUGCUGUUUCAGAGGCCCUAGAGGGUUCAAUAUUGGGGGGUACGGGGCUGCAUGCAAGGAGAAAUACCGCAGAGCCGGAGGGGCCCCCACCAGCAGAUGCUGAGGAAGCAGCAGUUCGUACCUUUGUGGAGGCCCAGGUGUUCUUAAGGGAUCUCUUUCAUACAAUGCGCCAAACCCUACGUCUACCGGGGGCUCCCCGCAACGAGGGGCCCUUAGGGGCCCCCCAAACAGUCCUAGAGGGCCCCCCAGGGGCCCCAAUUGAUGGGGGGGGGCCCCCAGGGGCCCCUGUAAGGGCCCCCGUUGAAGACCCCGAGGCGUCGAUCCCUUUUCCUUCUUUUGACGAUCUCUUAACUCUGCCUGGGGGCCCCCAGGGGGCCCCUCAGGAGGGGGCCCCCCAGAAUGGGGGCCCUCAAGGGGGUUCGGAGGGAGAUGUGGGGCCCCCUGUGUUGAACUCAGCGGAGACAGAAGAAGAAGAGACAGUGCAGCAGAAGAAGGGGACAGCAGCAGCAAAGGAGACAGCAGCAGCAAAGGAGACAGCAGGUUCAGGGGCGCUGUCUCCUCUUAAGGUCUCCUGCUGCUGCAGCUCAGUGCAGCGGUGGCAGGCUAUAAGACAAGCAGCAGAAAAGAAUGCCUGGCCUUUCUAUGUGGGUAUACAAAGGGGUGAAUCUCUGCAGCUAGCUUUAGCUAGCUCAAUUCGCAAUACCCGUCAGGGGGGCCCUGGAGACCCUUAUCUUGCUUUCGGGUCUCCUACUCCCCUCAUUGAUCUUCUCUUCCCUAAUAACCCUAAACUGUCUCUUUCUGAUGCUGAUGGGGGCCCCCCUCUAGCUGAGCUACGCACAGCUGUACCCGUGGGGGCCCCAGGAAGUGUCUCCGCUGCACUCAGCCUCAGUGCAGCAGAAGUCUUGCUGCUGCUGGAGGAAGCAAAACCAGAAGAAAGAGACAAGGCCCUCAGGGCCCUAGAGAAUGCCACAGCGGAACGGUACAGUGGGAUCGGAUCCCCGGGUCCGCUGCUGCAUCACUUGCUGCAGCAGGGCCUCAGCACGAAGAGGGCCCUGUGUUUCCUCAAUUGCUUGGUGAAGAGACAGAGACUGCUGCCUAAGAGCAGCGAGAUCAGCCAGCUAAUGGCUGUUGCUUCUCCAGCUACUGCACUGUCUCCCCUUGCUGUCUCCAGCCCCAAAGUAGAGGGACCCCUUGCUGCUUUAUCAAAUGAUUGGAGAAGGGGAAGCGUUCAGCUGCUGCCGAUAUUGCAUGCACUGUGGGCAGGAGACAGGGGCGCUGCUGCUGCUGCUGCUGCUGCAGGUGCUGUCUCCGUUGCUGCGGAGCUAGGCACAAAGGGGACAGAUGCAGCAGCAAAGGAGACACCUCAAGCAGCAACUCAACCCUUAGAUACGUGGGCCUGGAAGAUAGCAGAUAAACUCCGCAGAGAUGCCUCAGGAGCUGCUUUCUUGCUGCGCUGGCUAGAGAGACAGACACGAGGAGACAAUCAUUCAAGCGACUGUCUCCAUACAGGGACAACAGGGGUUGAUCUAAGAGGGAUAGUAGGGGAGGAGGGGCCCCCAGGAGGGUUGGGGGCCCCCACAACCCCCGCUGCAGCUACAGGUGCUGGGGGGGGGCCCCCCACUGCAGCAUUUGCUGCUAUGCAGGUAGAAGGGCUUAAAUACCUCGAAGACAUCCAUGUCUUAGAGCACCAACAUCAACAUGCGCAGAGACAGUUAAUGAUGCAGCAUUUAAUACAGUGCGGAGGCAGCAACGAAGACUUUGCUGCUGCAGUCGAUCAGGCCUGUGCUGGGCUGGGGGCCCCCCCUCCUUCCCUUACUGCAGCAAGAGCAGCAGGGGCCCCCCCCCUCCCCGCUGCUCCACCCCACAUGCAGGAGACAAAAGGGAGCGCUGAGGAGACAGCAGGAGCAGCACACGCGGAGGCCUAUUUAAAGGAGGCCCUUACAAACCCAAGUAAAAGAAUUGUACAAGACACAGAAAGACAGAACCUCGCCCUGCAUCUUUAUACUCUACUUAACUGCAAAUGUUUCUCUCGAGCCCUCCCUCCUCAUCCCCAAGUGGUGUUUAGAGACCCUAAUCAGCUUAUUGUCUCCUCAGGGACUCUGCACACUGUCUCCUUUCCUCAGCCUGUCCUCGCUGCACACACAGCCGAUCUCAGAGACUUCCGCCGACCCCUCGUUAUCUACCCGUUUACAACAUUAGGUGUAGAGACACCUGAGGGGCUGCAGCAGCACAUUACAGCUAGCCAGCUAGCUCCUCUAGCAGAGCAGUAUGCUAGCAAGCUAGCUAAGGCCCCCCUGCACCCCCCCGCCUCUGACGGUCUCCAACGCGUGCAAACCCUCGCCAGACCCGAUCCCCACGAUCCCAGCGAUCCUGUGGGGUUUAUGUCUCUUUCUCGCUUCUUCGAGGAGUCUGCUGCGCUGCCGGCUUUACUGAAGGAGUCUGGCAAUAUGACUGGGGAGGAGGCUGCAGCGCAGCAUCAAACCCUCACAGCAGCAGCAGCAGCAGCAGCAGCAGCAGGGAGAAGAGGUAAAGAGGGAGGGGGGCCCCCAAGGCCGCAUGCGCUGCACCUCGUUGCUGCAGAAGCAGCACAAACUGUCUCCUCAGCAAGCCCCAACCCAGACGAAUUAAGCCCUGCUGCUUUCCUAGAUACUUUAGAGUUUGUACAGCUCGAGGCGGGGAGACACUUAGCUAAAGAGGGGACACGUGCCCUUCCUCUUGAAGUAGCUGCACCUGCAGAAGAAGAAGAAGAAGAAGAAGAAGAAGAAUAUAAAGAGACAGACAGGGGAAAGGAGACACUUAAAAAAGGAGACAGGCGCAAAAACAAACGAAGGGACUGGCGAGAACUCCUCUCCCAGACGGAGAGCAUACGACUUGUAAAGAAGGUGAUGCUGAGCAACGAGGGCGUUGGGGGUUCCUCUUUAGUUGGGGAUCUGCUGGAGACAGGCGCAGCGUCUCUAGAUCGUAGCAUCGAUAUACUGCGACAGUUAAAAGAGCGACUGCCAACGUAA